GGAAACAUAGCCACCCCGGCACUGGCUUGAAGGGGCUGUAGCCCAUAUUUCCUUUAUCUAAGUGUAUUGAAUGAAAAGGAAUACAAUGGGCAGCGUCCAGUCAAAAUAUGUGUAUGGAAGCCCUGUGGCUUGUUAUAUAUAUCCACGCCAGCUGGUUUCCGCAGAAUCUGUAUGGUUACUAAAGAAUGCACUGGCUGCACUGACUCGACAACAACAAGUGCUUGGGAGAAUCCCGAAGAAAAUGGCAAUUCUGGGAGCGACUGCAAGGAGACUUAAAUGUUUUUUUGUGGUUGCAUGUUUGCUGUAUUCAGCCUUAAUUCUCAGUCAACUUUUAAUUCAACGUAGAUACAUAAAGGAGCGGACAUUCUUGAAGUCUAAUUCAAGGAGUACAGUGGUUGUUAACACAAGUUCAACGAAGAUCCCAAUAAUCAAAACCGAAUGGGUACAACAACCGAAGAUGUCACUGUGUAGCGAUAAGCCUUCUUCGCUAGUCGGAAGACGAGAUUUCAACUUCAACAACUCUGCCGCGCUCAAUCACACGGAAAACGAAGACCUGCAAAUUGAUAUCGGAGGCAGCUGGUCACCGAAAGACUGUAUCCCAAUAAAAAAAGUGGCAAUUUUAGUGCCAUAUCGUAAAAGGCCUCAACAGUUAAACACUUUUCUUACUCACAUUCACCCUAUACUGCAAAGACAGCGGCUUGACUACAGGAUUUUCGUUAUAGAACAGGCUGGGACAACUACAUUCAACAAAGGAGCAAUUUACAACAUCGGUUUCAAUCAGUCGCUUAGUUAUGAUGGUUAUGAUUGCUACAUUUUUCAUGACGUCGAUCUUUUGUGUGAGAAUGAUCUCAACUACUAUGGUUGCCCUGCGUCUCCUAUGCACAUGUCCCCUUCUAUAGACAAAUUCGAUUACAAACUGCCAUAUACAAAACUUUUUGGAGGAAUACAAGCAUUCACAAAGGAGGAUUAUGUGAAGAUCAAUGGAUACACAAACAUUUACUGGGGGUGGGGGGCCGAAGAUGACAAUCUUUACUCUCGUAUUGUUGGUAAAGGAUUGAAGCUGAAGCGACCAUCGAUGGAAAUUGGUCGUUUCAAAAUGAAUAAGGAGCACCACUUUCGCAGUGAUGGCUGGAGUGCUGAGAAUAUAAAAUUGUAUGUAAACAAGAUUUCUAAACAAGAUGUAGACGGUCUUAAUAGUAUUCAUAAACUUAAAUUUACAAUACAAGAACGAUUAGAGCCGUUGUUCACACUUAUAUCAAUUAAUUUACAAAGGUAACGAAGUGCACGGUGGGUAUGAACUAACAAUAAAAGUAGAGAACUGCGCCAAGAUGUGACCACCUUCGUAUUUUUAGCUUAGAUCAACCUUCUUAUUUAAAAUAUUGAAGAGAUACAUAGGUAUUUCAAAACCUUAGUUUUGCAGGAUAUUGUUUUGGAAUUUUUAUGUUGCGUUUGAAUUAUUUUAGUAUAGGUUUAUCAAGUACCCCUCUGUGUACAAAACCCUAUGAAAAACGCUCCUGGGGGGGAGGGAGCUGGGGUGGAAUUUAAAACUGGAAAGUCAUCUUUUGAAAAUUCAUAUGGACCGGGCAUUUUUUUCAUUGUCCACGUCCCCUGCGAGCCGGGUUGGUUUGCUAAUCUGAUUUGUUCUAUUUAUCGAUCGUGCUCGUAUACUGUGACGUGCUCCACCAUGCUUGUCCUAUGCCCCUUCUCCGAGUAUAGGUGCAAUCCUUGGGAGUCUUCUGGCCUCCCUAGUGUUUGAGUUAAAAUAUCUAGGGUAAGGCGUUUGGUUUCAUUGCAUUUCAAAUCAUGUUUUGAGUUGAAGUAAAGGUUAAGGGGGUUGAAGCCUAGUUACCAAUGUACCAAAUCUCUAACCCACAUCCUCUUUCUCUAUAUAAAUUGUUGCUGUCUUUCGUACAACCCUUACAUUUUGAGUUUCUUUCUACGGCAUCGUGAAAGCAUUUCAUACCAUUGAUUAUAUUUAAACCGACUUAAGGUGUACCCUUGUGCUAUCCCCAGGAAUGCUAAAUUUCUUUUGUAAAAAAUAAAGAUUGUCUACAUAGCAUAAUUGCGUUUGAUUGUGCUAACUCCGUAGCACACUUAAACAUUGGAUGAUUAAAUAUGUAGACGUAAGCAACAUUGUUGUAACAUUUGUGAUUCUGAAAAUAAACAAAAAGCAAAAAAGGGUUCUGUUUAUUUUCCAUCUGCUGUCAGAUGGUCUUCAAUUCUUACUUUAUCACUGGCCAUAUUUGGUAGACACACCUUUUAUUCUCGUUUCCAAUUUAAGCACUUUGUUGAGCACAUUUAUCUUCAAUAAAGAUGCUAGUUGGUGUAAGUUAUCCCAUGGACCGCGCACCAGUCUAAAAGUGGAGGGGCUGAAAUGGGUGUGAUAAAAAAAAAUUUGAGGCCACGCCCUCCAGAACGCCGGAAAAUGCCCCUUUUAGAAAAUACUUUUUCAUUUCUACUUAAUUUCUUAUAAACAGUCUGGUUCAGAGAAGUUAUAAAUAACUAUAAAAAUAGAUAAAAUUAGCUUGAGAGUAACAAAAUACCAAGCUAACCAAACUAGGAAAUUGUUGUACACCAAAUCGAACGUUGUUGAUUUUUGAACUUUGACAUUUUGAACUCGAACCAUUGUAGGCAAUAAUUUGAAUAUUUGGCAAACACUUUAUUUCCGGAUAACUUUGCUGUUAAUUAUCUAUGUUUCUUUUGGUUGUAGGUCUUACGUGUUUUUAGCUGAUUAGUUGUUAUUAAUACUUGUAAAAUGCUUGUAUCUAUAAAUACGCUGUAGUAGUUUUAAGAGGGAGACUUUUUGGGAGAAGCAUCUUGCUGUUCGUUCAAAGUGCUGACGAAAGAAGUUGUUGUCUCUCUGUUCCACUCUGCCACAAGUCGAGUUGAAAAGGGCCGUGAGUUAUUUUAUACAUAGUUGCACUGUAGUUAAAGUGUAGUAUAACAAAAUACAUCAUAUCAUUAAAGAAGAGAAAACACCUAGAAAAUGAAAAAAGAAGGUUCCCAGUCAAGAAGAACUGCUACUACAUAAAAGUAAAUUAUGCAAAGAUGCAUUAGAGUAAAUCUUCCAAAAAUGUGUAGCCUAUUAUUGCAAAAAAGUGGGAGGGGGACUAUAGCCCCUGCUAGCCCAAUGGCUGCGCGGUGCCUGAAUCAUCCCGCUUCAUAAUGCUUGUUUUUGUCUCUACCGGUGCUACUGAGGUACAUUAGGUUGGCUGUAUUGCUACAGGUUGCACCUAUUGAUUUUCCUGUUAUUUCUGAAAGUUUCAUUUGCUAUAAAGCCUCUAUCCGUAUGAAAAACGUCGUUUAAGGUGUUGUAAGUAAAUUGAUGUUGCCACGAUAAAACAAUGAAAACCGAUGCUGAAGUAUCGA